GUUCUGCGACUGCGACUGCGACUGCGACUGCGAGCUUGAUUCCGAACUUGAAAUCAAAUUUUUCAUCAUCGUCUUCUCCGUUUUAAGAGCAGAAGAGAUGAUGAGCUCUGCAACAGCAAUUGGAAACUGGAAGCACACUGUUCUCUACUUAAACUUAAUCCUAUCUCUUCUCUACUUCAUCGAAUCCCUAAUCUCUCACAAAUUACACAUCAACCAUAACAACGUCCGUGUGAAGAGGUCUCCAAAUCUUCCUCUACGGUUCCGCGACGAUGGCACAUUCAAGAUCCUCCAGGUUGCGGAUAUGCAUUUCGGAAUGGGGACUAUUACUCGAUGUAGAGAUGUGUUGGAUUCUGAAUUUGAGAACUGUUCUGAUCUCAACACCACUCGGUUCCUUCGGAGGAUGAUUGAAGCUGAGAGACCUGAUUUGAUCGCUUUUACUGGGGAUAAUAUAUUCGGAUCAAGUACUACUGAUGCAGCUGAAUCUCUACUUGAAGCUAUUGGUCCAGCUAUUGAAUAUGGAAUCCCAUGGGCUGCCAUUUUAGGAAACCAUGACCAAGAAUCCACUUUGAACCGUGAAGAACUGAUGACUUUCCUUUCUCUUAUGGAUUUUUCUGUCUCUCAAAUCAAUCCACCAGAAGAAGAUGGGACCAAAGGAGGCACAGUAAAAUCAAUUGAUGGCUUUGGGAAUUACCAACUCAGAGUACACGGUGCACCUGGUUCUGUGCUGUCAAAUAGCACUGUCUUUGACCUCUUCUUUCUUGACAGUGGAGAUAGAGAAAUAGUCCAAGGUAGACGAACAUACGGAUGGAUCAAGGACUCUCAACUUCGUUGGCUUCAACAUACUUCUAAACAUGAUCAUAACCAGAGGAUUCCCGAUAAUCCUCCUGCGUUAGCCUUCUUCCACAUCCCUAUCCCGGAAGUCCGUGAUCUGUGGUACACGCCCUUUAUUGGGCAGUUUCAGGAGGGUGUGGCAUGCUCCGUUGUUCAGUCAGGAGUCUUACAGACCUUUAUGUCCAUGGGAAAUGUAAAAGCUGCGUUUAUUGGACACGACCAUGUCAAUGAUUUCUGUGGAAAUCUAAAAGGGGUAUGGUUUUGUUACGGUGGAGGAUUCGGAUACCAUGCUUACGGAAGACCAAAUUGGCACAGAAGAGCAAGAGUGAUAGAGGCUAAGCUCGGGAAAGGAAGAGACACAUGGACAGGAAUCGAAUUUAUCAAGACUUGGAAACGUCUCGAUGACCAAGACUUAAGCAAGAUAGACGAACAAGUCCUAUGGGAAACUUCCGAUACAUUUCUGAAAGGAUAAACGGGCAAAGACAUAUAAAGACGGCCACAAAUUCGCAUAUGUUAAACGUCAGCUUUCUCAUUAGGGGAGAAUAGUACUGUCGAAACACAUGUGAAAUGAAACACAGAAUUUUCGUCUGGGAUGCUUUGAAAUGGUCAGUUCGUCGCAGUUUCGGUGUGAAUGUGUGAUCUCUUUGACUAUCUGACAUAUUUCGUUUUUUUUUUCUUCUUAAAAAAUAUGUAUUACGAUUACUAUACGAUCGUAUGAUGCUCAUAUGCUGAGUUAUAAUGUCGUCACAAAUAGUUCCAUCGUCGACUCAUUUCUCAUUUUUCUUGUUAUGAUUUUUGUUUGUUUCACUAAUUUUGUCAUUUUUUCCGCUUUUUUUUUUAGUACAAUUAUGUUUCUGAACUUUUCUUCUGGUCACGAUUCUAAACUUUGAUUAAUAAUUUGUUCAGGACAAAAAAUUUUCUUUAGUGGCCACACUGUUUUUAUA